AUGGAAAGAUACAACAGAAAAUCUGAAGGCGAACAUCUCAAAGAUGUAAACCUAAACUGCGAAACUUGUUUGAUAGAAUAUCUAGAAGGAAAUUACGGAAACUUCUAUCUCGGUAUGGUCGAGAGCGAUCAUUUACCUUUCAAUUUCACUAUUGAUAGAUCCUACUGGUUUACAUCAAUUCAAGCUCAUAUUGAAUUAAAAACAAAUUCAUUUGUUUCUAUGCGAAUUCACAUUCAAAUCAAUUCAAACAAUUCCUUAAAUAAAUAG